AUGCAGAUGGUUGCAAGCCCGACUCAGGCUACAACCGUCGAGCGGCCACUCGCGGAUACUUAUGUUCAGUCCUGCCAGUCAAGGAAUUUUGGUACCCAGCAGGUUUUGGUCAACAAGCGCUACACCGACGGCUGGUGUGGCACUCGAUCUUCGCAACUGCAAUUCAGCGUUCCUUGCGAUGCUCAGGAUGCAACGCUCCUGCUGUGGCUGAUUACCUAUUCUGCUGGUACCUUUCCAAAGGUGGCCGACAUUCAGGUACAGGGCGAGUGGUCGGAAAACGCCACUAUGUGGUCCAGCCUGCCCAGCUAA